ACUGCAGACAGUACAGGGGAUGACCAGAGACUGCGGACACAGUACAGGAGAUGACCAGAGACUGCUGACACAGUGCAGGAGAUGACCAGAGACUGCUGACACAGUACAGGAGAUGACCAGAGACUGCGGACACAGUACAGGAGAUGACCAGAGACUGCAGACAGUGCAGGGAAUGACCAGAGACUGCAGAAAGUGCAGGGAAUGACCAGAGACUGUGGACACAGUACACGAGAUGACCAGAGACUGUGGACAGUACAGGAGAUGACCAGAGACUGCGGACACAGUACAGGAGAUGACCAGAGACUGCAGACAACAGUGCAGGGGAUGACCAGAGACUGCAGACAGUGCAGGGGAUGACCAGAGACUGCUGAC